AUGCCCGACAUCGAGAUGCCCGACCCCGAGGAGCUCGGAGGCAACGUUACCAAGCCUUUCAAGUUCGUCACUGCUGGCUACGACGCUCGCUUUCCCAACAUGAACCAAACCAAACAUUGCUGGCAAAACUACGUCGACUAUCAUAAAUGCAUUCUUGCCAAAGGCGAAGACUUCAAGCCUUGCAGACAGUUCUACCUUGCCUAUCGCUCCCUUUGCCCGAACGCGUGGGUUCAGCGAUGGAACGACCAACGCGAAGCAGGAAACUUCCCCGUGGAUCUCCAGCAUUAG